AUGCCUACAACAACAAGCAGCGCGCCACCUCCAUCAUCCACUACCAUGCCCAACCCAACAACAACAACAACAACAACAACAACAACAGCAACAGCCCCUCCAACCACCACCACCACCGCAGCAACAGCAGCACUCCCAACGACAACUACAGCACCCGCCACCAGCACGGCUCCGAGCACAUCCUCGACGCUUGACAGCCAGGCGAUGGCGCGUAUGGUGGGACUGGCCCAGACCGUGCGUGACAUGGACACAGACUCGUCGUCCGUUCGCAUGCCACCAACGGAGGUGCAGAAGAUUCAGUUCCCACCAAAGCCGACAGACCCGCCCGCCACGUCCUCAUCAGCGACAGCGACAGCGGCAGCACCAACCACGACCACCAGUACAGGAGCAACGGCAAGAACAACCACGGCAAACAGCAAAGCAACCGGCAGCGCCUCUUCCAGCUCAGCGACACCUACAACGUCCGCUAGCAAGCAACCAUCCACCUCCACCCUCUCCUCCUUUCAGAUCAUGCAACAGAUGGAGCAGCAACGCCGCGCACAACAAGAGGCAAUGCAGGAAGGCGGGCAGGUGCUGCCGCAGCGAAAGGUGCGUGAACUCCUCCGCCAAAUCGACGCCACGCAGGAGAUUGACAACGACGCGCUCGAACUCGUCCCUAUGUCUCAAUCGAGCACCGCCUACCACGAAUGCUCGUCCGUAUCUUCCUCCUCCUCUUCACUACCGUCCUCCUAA